AUGUUCACCCUAGCUCGUGUGUUGAACAAUAUUGGAAGCGCUUCAUCCAAUGAACCGAUUCCAUAUUGUUUGAUUUGUAGUGAGGUUGCUGAUGGGAAUCAUUUUGGAGUAGCUGCAGCGUGUAGAGCUUGCGCUGCAUUUUUCCGCCGCACAGUCCAACACAAUAAGAUCCACGAGUGUGGGAGAAAUGGGCAAUGCUUUUUCCUAUCAUGCAAGUUUUUAUUGGUCGGGUUUCAAAUAUCACCACUAAGUUCAGACGCACGGAGCAUGUGUAAAGCCUGCAGGUACGGUAAGUGCCUUGAAAUGGGAAUGCAACGAUCAUCGGUGCAACAGAGACGUGAACAACUCGGGAAACGUCUGAAUAUCUCUGAUGAUCGUGGAAAGCCAGUGCUUAAUAAGUUGCGAAGAGCGUACGAAAUGUUAAUUUUAAACAGGAAACACGUGCAUAAUAGGCGGGAGAACCAAGCACCCCGAGCCAUCGGCUUUAACGAGCUUCCAAUCGUGUUUCAAAACGAGUCGACAAGCAUAUAUCAGUUCCUCUGGGAAGCAUUUCCCGAGUACUCCAUGCUUCUUCCAGACACAAAACUCGCAUUUUUCAAAAAUUUCUUCUUGUCGUUCUGUCUAUUUGAGAGCUCGUUUAAUGGAUGUUCAGCAAAGCAAAAAAAUGUGAUGCUCAUUCCAUCCGGUGACUACAUCGAUUUGGCUCAUUCUGAAUCGUUUUUCACCAACGAUCAUCAAACUUUCACUGAAAGAGACAAUAUUGAAAUACUCGCUCAAAGGCUAAAAUUAAUACAAUCAUCUAUAACUGUUCCGUUGAGUGCUGAAAAUGUAGAUAUCUAUGAGUUCCUCGCGCUUGCGGGUAUCAUUCUCUUGGAAUCGGAUUCUGAGUCAGAAGCCGAUUUUCAAGAAGAAGCUGUGAAGAUUAAGAGCAAUAUCAUCAAGGAUCUACUUUUUCACUAUCAAUGUAUAAAUAUUUAUGAUGACGCAGCAAUGAGGCUUGGCGCAGUUUUGUCCAUACUUCCAUCAAUUCAAGUUUGUUGCUCGCGGAGCAACAAUUUUUUGAUUAUAAACUCUAAAGAUGUUUCAGAGAGCCAGUCACCGUUUUCACGAAUACAUGGAAAUCAAAAAUAUGCUCAAUUUGUACGCUCUUCCCAAGAAUCUUUACGACAUGUUCUCGCCAACUUCAUAAAAUUUAUUUGUAAAUUUGUUUCUAUUUGA